UGCCAGGAACAGGAAGGAAGUGGAAUUUACCUUUUGUUUUCUGUUUUGGGUCUUCAGUAAAAAUAAACACUGUUUUAAGCGUCAGAAAACGGGGAAAUGCAGUUGUAGUUUAUUUUAAUUUACCGUUAACAUAUAUUAGCGUCUCAUCUGACGUGUAAAACUCGAACUAACGUUUUAUUCGUCGUCCGGCGAGUUGUUGCUGUCAUAAAAUCGGGCCCUUCGUGGGUGCCGUUUUUACCACAGUUUUGGUGGUAAAUUAAAAAGAUACUCUCCUUUGUCUUUUUUUUUUUUUUUUCUUUCCCAAACGUGUAAAAUCGUCGAUGGUAUUAAGGCAGGGUGAUACAUUCGGAAAGUGCCGUCCAGUAUUAGUGCUUAAGUGUUAUACCGGCGAGUAGAGCGGACGGGGUUGUCAGUCAGUGCACCGCCAGCCGCUCCUCUUGUCUCAGCCCAGGCAGAGUGUGACCGGGAGAAGGAGCUCCACCGGCGGGGACGAUGUACGCUCCACCGGGGGCUGCCGUGCCAGCAGGCCGGCGUAGUAGGCGGGGACCCGGCGGCACAGCGCUCCCCAAGCAGCCCGAGCGCAGCCUGGCAUCGGCGCUGCCCGGAGCGCUCUCCAUCACGGCGCUGUGCACGGCGUUGGCAGAGCCCGCGUGGCUGCGCGUCCACGGAGGCACGUGUCCCCGGCAGGAGCUCGGGGUCGCGGACGUGCUGGGAUACGUGGAGCCAAAGCUUCUGGAAGACUUCUGUGUAAACCCCCAGACCAUCCUCCUCCUCAGGGUGAUCGCUGCCUUUUGUUUCCUGGGCAUUCUGUGCAGCCUGAGUGCCUUCCUCCUGGAUGUCUUUGGUCCUAAGCACCCUGCCCUCAAGAUCACCCGCCGUUAUGCCUUUGCGCAUAUCCUCACUGUCCUCCAGUGUGCCACGGUGAUUGGAUUCUGCUACUGGGCCUCCGAGCUGAUCCUGUCCCUCCAGCAGCAGCACAAGAAGUACCAUGGUUCUCUCAUUUAUGUCACCUUCGCCAUCAGUUUCUACCUGGUUGCGGGGGCAGGUGGGGCCUCCAUCCUCGCUACAGCUGCUAACCUGCUGCGACACUACCCUACAGAGGAGGAAGAGCAGGCCCUGGAGCUCCUCUCAGAGAUGGAGGACAGCAGCGAGGCCUUCCCUACCGACUAUGAUCUGGCCAACCAGUUUCAGCCACCGCCCGCCUACACGCCCUAGAAAUGCACAGAACCCUUGCCCCUUGCGCUCCAUAUUCUCUGUAGGUACCGCUGUUGCUAAUGAUACACACAGGCACACAAGUUCUUGCACAGAGGUAUCUGCACAAUGAUUUCCCUAAUACCUUUCUUAUGAAUCUUAGCAUGAUACACACACAUCUUUUUGGUGGGCUGCCCAUUGUCCCAUUUUAAGAUAUUUGUGUGAUGAACUAAUAAUCACUCAGGCUUAGAUUUGGUCAUUUAGAAGCGCUUAAACUUUGUGCAGAUCUACUAUUUUUCACAUUUUAUGAGAAAAUUAUCUUAAACAAAAGUUAAGAAAUCUUCAUUCACACUGCAGUAUUUUCUAGACUAUCUUCAUUAUGUCCUCGGUGUUUCUUGAUGUUCCCUUUGACAUCAGUGCCAUGUGGGUUAUCUCAGAACUAGCAGAACUAUGGCCUAGUGCAUUUUGGUAGAUUUUGCAUCUCAUAAACAUCAUGUAAGAGGGGCAGAGGGGUUAAAGUGGUGGCUGAGGGCUGAGGUAGGCAGAGCAAGGUCUCAGCAGCACUCCCAUUACGUCAUCAGUCUGGGCUUCCUGUUUGUGUGAAUGAUGGGGGGUGCAUCAGCCCGGUGACACAGAGCUACUCUUUGAGCUUCCUGUCCCUCUCAGUGCUUUCUACAGUUGACCUCCCAGACAUGUGGACUGGCCUUUUUCCCCAUUGUUCUGGAGAUACAAGUCCUCCUCCAUGUAAUCUGGCUCUCAUGAAAGACUUCUCUUCCAGAGUUGGCUUCUUAGCAACAGAGGGAACACUUUGUGGUGUACGACGUCUAAUAAAGUGAACCCCCUGAGCCCUGGUGUGGGGGGUGACAUAUUAGCGAUUGCUUUUGGACUUUAAUGAAAUGAGUACUUGCUGGUAGUCGGCUCUUUGGUGUAGCGAUUAAAGAUGUUCUCAUACUUUGUUUUAUAUUUUGAAUUUUAAGAAUGCAGAGGGUUUGAGAGAAAGGGCUGCAUUUUCCCCCAAGUCUUAGUUCAACUUGUAUUAAUUUCUCAAAAUAAUGGGUCAUUUAACAGUGUCUGUGCUGGCUUCUUAUUGUGGUAUUUUUGCUAAUUCUCCAAUUUUUUGCAUCUGGAGCCUUGACUCCAGUUUAGUCUUGACCCAUGAUGAAACAGUGAGAUCUUCACUGCAAAGAAUCUUGAAAAAAGCCCCCAUUUAAAUAAAACAUAGUUUUCUCCAAUGAUAUUGAACAAAACUUUAUGAAUUAUGUAGGUCAUGCAAAACAUGUUUUCAAGACUUUUUGAAAUGUGGAAUUGUAUCAAGUUCAGAACUGAAAUAGAUGUUUUGAGAAGUCACAUACAUACGUACAUGUUUUGUCAGAAUAGUAAGAUUAGUCCACACUUGACUGUGGUGAUUAUAAGGGACCGAUCUGAGAUUCUUUCACAUUCUCUGCUGUUGCUAAAGAAUGAAACCAAACCAAUCCCUGACUGGCUAAAUACAAUCUUGCCUGUGGCAUAUGAUCUUUUUCUACUCUGUUUUACUUUUGUGUGAUAACAGUGAAUAUUUUGUGCAUGAAAUCUGACUGAAAAGUCAUGACAUGUACCAGUGUCAAGCGAAAGGAUCCGUGUUGUUGAGGGUUUGACAGUUGCUACAUUAUAUCAUUUUAUCAGUUCAUAAUAUGUGGUCCAGAUGUUGCAGCAGUAAUGGUUUAAAUUUGUGUUUCAUUCACAUUUUUUUGUGGCUUUCUUUUUAUGAUGCUAUAUUUUGAUGUUAGUAUGAGUGUACAGGUAUGUGGUAAAACUGAUUUGUGA